UCGAAAGAUGACGUCACCACUACAGUCCGUUAUAAACAUUAUCCGCCCGCCCGUGACCGACUUUAUUCGUCAGAGUGCCCUCGAGUGACCAAGACGCCGCGUCCUUCCGGUUGCGACGUGCCGGCAGGCUCGACUACUUUCUCCGGACGCCAGACGAACGCUCGGUCGGGGCUUUUUAUGUUCCAUUUCACGUUGUUAACGGAUACGGCGCUUUGACGGACAUGUCGGCUCGUCGUCGCCACACUGACCGGAAGUCUGCCAUGGCGGCGAGAUGAAACAACUUUUGGCGCCACGGUUGCUCGUGCUGAUCAGCGCCGGUGUUGCGUUGACGGACGCCGGGCCCUUGAACGCAACACCGCAAGAUGGUGUGGAAUGGCGGCGCCCCCUGCUGGAGAGGACCCAACCUUUCGUUCUGGUUGGCGGGCGAAAGCGGAGCCUUAAGGAGGCAUUGCAGGGUGGUCACCCAGAACAUCUGCAGUGUGGCCUGGAGGUCCGAGGAGAGGUUCUUGUUCUUGACCUGCAGAAGAACCAUGACCUUCUGCCCAAAUCGCCAAACGUCUUCUUCUACCUGCCUAACGGCACCGGAGUGUCCCUGAAUGAUGACCCUGUGACACAUUGUUACUACCAUGGCAACGUAAGAGGAUUCCCAAGCUCCAGAGUGGCAAUCAGCACCUGCUCAGGACUCCGUGGCGUGAUCGCUGUCAACGCAUCUUUGAGUUUCGAGGUUCAACCGCAUGAGAUCCAUCACGACGGGGUGGGGAGCGGUGAAGGAGGCACGGCCAGUGGAUUAGGAGGUGAAGAAGAAGAUUCUAGAGAAAAUGGAGACCACCUGAUCUUCUCUAGCAGUCACGUGGCGGAAGAAUCAGUGAAGGGCUGCGGGGUCUCACACGGUCACGUGGACAGCCAUGUCGGGCACACAAAUGACCACAGUGCCACUCAUGUACUUCACAGAAGCAAAAGGAACAUCCUAUCUGAGACCAAAUACAUCGAACUAGUGUUGGUGGCCGACCACCAGGAGUUUUUGAACUACCAGAAGAACAACAAAACUAUUAUCUACCGCAUGCUGGAUGUGGCCAAUCAGGUGGACUGGUUUUACCGUCCUCUAAAGGUUCGAGUGGCGCUGACAGGUUUAGAGGUGUGGAGUGACCGAGACAAGAUCCGUGUGGAGAAGAACCCCAGCGCGACGCUUAACAAUUUCCUGCUCUGGCGGACCAGGGAGCUUUUGCCACGCCUUCGCCAUGACAACGCACAGCUAAUCAUGGGUAGCGCCUUGGACGGCACCACGGUGGGCAUGGCGGCGCAGGCGUCCAUGUGUUCCAGAGACCGUUCCGGAGGUGUCAACGUGGACCACCUGGUGAGCAUUCUGGGUGUGGCAUCCACGGUGGCUCACGAGCUUGGACACAAUUUAGGGAUGAGCCACGACACGCAGGAACGACACUGCCACUGCACCAACCAGCCUCGCAUGGGUGGAUGCAUUAUGGAACCCUCCACUGGGUUCCUGCCCGGCCAGCAGUUUAGCAGCUGCAGCGUGUCUGACUUGUCCGUUAGUCUACUUCGAGGGGGCGGCAUGUGUUUGUUCAACGUACCGCCACCAGAACGCCUCCUGGGUGGGCCCCGUUGCGGCAAUUUGUAUGUAGAGCCUGGCGAGGAGUGCGACUGUGGCCUGCUUGAGGAGUGCCAGGACCCCUGCUGUAACGCAUCCACAUGUCGGCUGCACCCCGGCGCCCAGUGCUCAGCCGAUGGCGUCUGCUGCCAGGACUGCAAGCUGCGAGCGGCAGGUUCCGUAUGCCGAGAGCCAAUCGGAGAGUGCGACCUACCGGAGUACUGCACGGGUUCCUCCCCCUUUUGUCCUCCUAAUGUCUACAUUCAAAACGGCGAGCCUUGCGAGGACGGCGCCACCUACUGCUACGGCGGUGCCUGCGCUAGCAUGCGCGCGCAGUGUCAGAUGCUUUGGGGACCCAACGCCACCAGCGCACCGGCCGUUUGCUUCUCAUCUGUCAACAAACAAGGAAACAAAUACGGAAACUGCGGUCAGCUGAGUAAUGGAUCUUACGCUCCCUGUGCACCAAAUGACGUGCAGUGCGGCAGGAUCCAGUGUCAGGACGGCACGGAUCGCCCCCUGCUGGGCACCAACGCCGAGAUUCUGACCACCACUGUGCGCUUCAAUCUCCGCGACCUGGUGUGCCGCGGAACCUUCUUCCACCUGGGCGAUGAUGUGUCUGACCCCGCAUCUGUGGCACAAGGCACCGCCUGCGGGCCAGGAAAGGCUUGCUUGGACCACAAGUGCCAGGACGUGUCCGUUUUCGGUGUGGACGAUUGCCGCAAGAAGUGCAACGGUCACGGCGUCUGCAACAGCAUGAACAACUGUCACUGCCAGCCUGGAUGGGCGCCACCCGACUGCGCGUAUGCCGGACAUGGUGGCAGCGUGGACAGCGGACCCGCGCAUAUUGCCGCAGAGUCUGAUCCAGUCCUGGUGGCCCUGCUGGUGCUCUUCCUCAUCAUCCUUCCGGCGCUGCUCCUCUUCCUGGCGCUUCGCUUCCCUCGCGUCCGUCGUGUUUGUUUGGCUUUGGGAGGCAGCAAAUUCUUUCCCAAAUCAUCUCACAACCGGACUCCGGCAACAGAGCGAAGUUCGGACCGCAACGUGGAUCAAAUUCGUCCGUUGAGGUUUGACAACACCGCGUUGACGGACGUACGUGAGACUCCGCCCCUCAAGGAGCUUCUUGACAGACCUGCUCCUCCCACUAAGCCACUUCCCCCUGUCCCCCCUCUAAACCCCUCGCCACAGCCAUCCGAAAGGCGUCCGGCACCGCCCACCAAGCCGCUUCCUCCGGCUCCUCCCACCAGAGGCGUUCAGCUGCUAGCGAGCCGACCGGCCCCGCCCACUAAGCCCCUCCCCCCUGACCCCUUCUCACCUGGUCAGGCUUCGGACGCUCCGACGGUCAAACCGGCAGUGCCCAAAAAGCCACGCCCUCAUUUGACCGCCGCGUCUUCGGUAUCUGCGCACAGUCGAGUUGGUCGUCCUCCUCCGUCGCGUCCCAGAAUCCCGCCCAGACCGGAGCAGCGGUGACAAAGCCCCGCCCCCUCCGCCGGUGCUGCAGUGCCUUCUUGCCAAGACACCCGCUGCUCAUUGGCUGUUUGCAAGAGGCCACGCCCAUUUCCAACCACGCCUUAGCAGGAGGUCAUGUGACCAAUGAAGGGAAGAUCACAUUUGAAAUACUUUUUUUUGUAGGAAAAAAACUAACGGAGAAAAAAAAAUCAAGAUGGCGAGAGUGAUUCACAUUUGCAGGAAGUGAGGUCAUUGACUGUUCCGUCACUUUUUAUGUUGCUGCUUGACAAAAUAAAAGUCAUCUGACUAUAAAUCAGUCAUGUUUCCUGUUGAUGCCGGUGAGGCACCAGUAAACAGGAAGUGAUGUACCGACAACGAAUCCACUAUUAACUCAUUGGCUGCCAUUGACGGCAUUAGACGUCCAAUCCAUUUUGACUGGGAAGGGCGAAGCUAGCUGUCAAUGACAAUGAGGCAUGAUACAAAAAUUGAUUAAAAAAUUGGCUCCAAGGAUUGGUGCACAUACAUGUCUAAAAUAUACUUCCCAAAUCUCAUUGUGUUCUGUCCACGGAUAAUGGGGAAAGAGAUAAUAUAUCACAGUGUACACACGGCCAACAGCAAUAACAAUGUAGUAAUGAUAAUAAAUAUGUGACAAUGAGGGGACUGACCAAGUGUAUAAACAAGUGGAAAAGAGGGAAUUGAACAUAUUUGGACAUUUGUUUACGCGCUGACGCAUGGGUGUCAAAGUCUAGGCUUGGGGGCCAGAUCCGGCCCACCAUGUCAUUUGGUAUGGCCCGCUGAAGUACUGUAAUUUUCGGACUAUAAAGCACACCCAGCUAUAAGCCACACCCCACCAUAUUUGACACGAAAACGACAUUUGUUCAUAGAUAAGCUACACAGCCGGAGUUGUCCUCACUGUAUUAUGGGAUAUUUACACCAAAGAUAUGAACAGGUAACAAUUUAUUUGACAGCAGUAACAUAAGACCAAAUGAACCACCAUGAAGCUUUGAACCAAUAGGCUACAAAGCUUAAUUGCUUCAAGAAGCUUCACUUGGCCAUCACUGCUCCCUUGGCAGGGACAAUCAACCUCUGCUGCCACCUGGUGUCAACACUGUUGUUGUCCUAACAUGCCUCCUAGCAUGGAUUGCAGCGCUACAAAUGUAAGUAAUGAUCAAAAUUCAUGUUCUGUGCUAAAUAUUUCUUCAGUUACUGUUGUAGUUGUUUCAUUAAUUGCUAGUUUCGGUAUUUGGUAACACUUUAUUCGACAGCGGUGCUAUUAGACUGUCAUAAUAAAAUCAUAACUAUGAAAUGACACUGUCAUGAGCAUUAAUUAUUGCUUCUAACAGAUGUCAUUUAGUGUCAUCCGACAAAUUAUCUCACUUUUGAAUGGAUGAAAAAGAUCAGAGCAGGACAUAAAUGCUGCUAGUGACAUAAUUUGCCAGAUCACACUUAAUGACAUCUGUCUUAAGCACUCAGUAAUGGCCAUGAUAGUGUUAUGUCAUAUUUAUAGCGGUCUUAUGAUGCCGCUGUCAAAUAAAGAAUGACCUAUUAACCCAAAUAAAUUAAAGAAUAAGCCGCACUGGACAUAAGCAGAUUUUAAGGUGGGGCCAGCCCCCCCCCCCCGUUGGCCGAAAAGUGUCAUUGCAUGUAAUUGAC